GACGAUAUCAGGUCAGCUGUACUUUGUGCUACGACCUCCGAUAACCCCUUGCGUGUGUUUUAUAGACCCCCCCACUCUAUUUUUUUCCGAUCACACGAAGUUCAUAUAACAUCAAAACCUAACGGUUCGACGUUCAUUGCAAAUACGCGAGUGCAUCAACGAUCUUCGGGGAGUGUCCUGCAACCGUUUAUCGCGCGCUUCUCGAGUGCUUCGAGCGGAGAACUUAUUAACGCGUGUCUCUCUCUCUCUCUCUCCCUCGCUCUCUCUCUCUCUUGUGAAACUUACGCGAAAAAACCAGACAGAAAGAAGGGGUUGUGUCGCAGCCGUCUCGUUUUCAUCGGUCGUCGCGGUUAAUUUGAAUGUUUCUUUUCAAAUUGUCAGCACACGGAGGAAUGCAAAAGGACUGCCGAGACUGUUUAGGUCUCCGAUACCGUAUCAACUCCCUGAAUCAGAACUGGAAGUGGCUGCAUCAGACGAUCGCCCUGCACGACUAUCUGAUCUCGAUCACAGCCAGUCAAUCCGACGUUUCGAGAAAAUCGAUCCAAUAAGGGCUGCUAUCUACUGACGGAACUAUCAACCUGAAUCAAGGUUAAUUUCGCCACGCGUGGACAUCAACGAUUGAAACGCACAGCCCACAGUUCUAAAAUAAAGUAAGACUGAUUCUGCUGAGUCGGUAUUUCCUUCCAGGGA